AUGUUACUACCUUCAUUUGAUUCAUUGAGAGACAAGUUUGUAUCUUUAUUUGACAAGUAUUUUGUGGCUGGCCUUUGCAAAGUUGUCAUAUUUUCAGGUGUAGUUCUUUACUUAGCCUCAAUUUUUCUCUUCAAAGAUCUAAAUUGUUCAUCAUCUUAUGAAUCAAUUUCUCAAUUCAUUUCAUCAAAUGACACAAACCCCACAAAUCUUAGCCAUUUAGUUUUUGGCCUACUUGGCUCUGAAAAAGCAUGGCACUAUAGGAAAAAUUAUAUUGAAUCAUGGUGGAGGCCAAAAUUGACAAGAGGGUACUUAUUUCUUGAUGUGGCCCCUAAUGCAAAUUUGUUACCAUGGUCCAAAAAUUCACCACCUUAUAGAGUUUCAACAAAUAUAACCAAAUUAGUCCAAGAAACUCAACAUGCUGCACCUAGAAUGGUACAUGGAAUCAUGGAGGUUUUUGAAUUAGAAGCACAUAAAGGUGUUAGGUGGGUGGUUAUGGGGGACGACGAUUCGAUAUUUUUCUUGGAAAAUAUUGUUGAUGUUCUUGCAAAAUAUGACCACAAUAAGUACUACUAUUUUGGGGCUCAAAGUGAGUACAUUUUGUCAAAUUUUUGGUACUCAUUUAAUCAAGGUUUUGGGGGUGCUGGAGUUAUUUUGAGUUACCCUUUGGCUAAAGCAUUAGCUGAAGAUAUGGAGAGUUGUUUAAGGAGAUAUCCAUUUUUAAGGGGUGCUGAUCUUAUUACUAUGGCUUGUAUUGUGGAUCUUGGAGUUAGUUUUUCUCCUCUUAAAGGUCUUCAUCAGAUCGAUCUGCACGGUGACAUUUCGGGAUUAUUAUCAUCACAUCCAAAAUCGCCACUGAUGUCCCUUCACCAUUUUGAUGCUGUAGCACCACUUUUUCCUUCAAUGGACCGUAUACAAUCAACAAAACAUCUUAUGAAAGCAGCAAAAUUCGAUCAAUCACGCAUGUUACAACAAACUAUAUGCCACCAUAGGUCUAGCAAUUGGACAUUUUCAGUAUCAUGGGGAUAUUCAGCUCAUAUUUAUGAGAAAAUUUUGCCUAGGAGUUAUUUAACAGAGCUUAUUGAGACAUUUGAAACUUGGACUAAUAAACCUAAAAAUCCUCCGUAUUAUAUGUUUAAUACGAGGUCAUCUGCAAAUGAUUCUUGUGAAACUCCUCAUGUUUUUUUCUUAAAAUCUAUCGGGGAAACAUGGGAUAAAAAUGAAAUUUGGGCAACAUAUUCCCGGUUGGCAGUGGAUCGGUUGCCGGGUUGUCAGGUGGGCAGCAACCAACCAGCAAAUUAUGUCAACAAGAUUCAAGUCUACUCGCCUAGAACAAAGCGUACAGAGAUUGAUCGAUGCGAGUGUUGUGAUGUUUUUCACACAGUUGGCUCAAACAUGGCAAAGGUCAAAUUGAGGGAAUGCUUUACUAAUGAGAAAAUUGCUUAGCCAAAUUAUAAAACUUCAUUUAACUCAC